CUCCAGACCCCCAGGAAAAGGAAGACCAGACACAGCUCGAACCCCCCAAUGGAGUGCCACGUUGGCUGGGUGAUGGACUCAAGAGAACACCGGUCCCGCACUGCCUCUGUCAGCUCCAACGCCAGCCCCUCAGAGGGUACCCCUGCAUUGGGGGGAUUGGCUGUCCCCCAGUCGCUCCCCAAGUUCCAGCACCCCUCCCACGAACUGCUCAAGGAGAACGGCUUCACUCAACAUGUUUACCACAAGUACCGUCGGCGCUGCCUAAGCGAGCGCAAGCGGUUGGGCAUCGGCCAAUCCCAGGAGAUGAACACGCUGUUCCGUUUCUGGUCGUUCUUCCUGAGGGAUCACUUCAACAGGAAGAUGUAUGAGGAGUUCAGACAGCUGGUGGUGGAGGACGGCAAGGAGGGAUACAGGUACGGUCUGGAGUGUCUGUUCAGGUACUAUAGCUACGGACUAGAGAGGAAAUUCAGACCAGACAUCUUCAAAGACUUCCAGGAGGAGACCAUGAAAGACUACGAAGCUGGCCAGCUGUAUGGACUAGAGAAGUUUUGGGCGUUUCUUAAAUACUCCAAAAACAAGAACAUGGAGAUCGACCCCAAGCUGCAGGAGUGCCUGAGCAAGUUCAAGCGUCUUGAAGAUUUCAGAAUCGAU